AUGCAUAAAGAGGGAGAAACACACAGAUGGGCACAUGAGCAACUAGCGAAUAUAACUUUGCCACUCGCGCGGACAACUGCGACGUCUGGCCGCUUGACUCAACGGAGGAGAGUACGAGUCGCGAACCUGACACGAGUCGUCGAUUCCCCAUUAAGACUAAUGCAAUUUAUUGUCACGGCCGAAACGAGUCGGAUUAUGGCUGGCCGGGUGAAUCUGCUCAUUGAUUUCCGCGCAUUAAUGGCCUCCGCCACGUCUCCCGGCCGGCAUCAGCUCCUCCGGUUGGCGGCUGGGGCGACUGUGUACUUUUUGCACCCUUUCCCUCCUCUUUCUGCUCACCGGUCCCGCGGAGCGAAUUGCCGCCCCCCCUCCUCCACCUUCCCGCCCCACGGUUCGACAGGUCUUUCCCCACUUAGCCACCACUUCAUUCUCACCCUGUGGACUAGCAGAACACAUACACAAAAACACACGACUCGUCGGUCCGGCGUCAGUCUGGAGGAUGGCCACAGAUGA